GAAUGCGUCCAGCAAUAAGGUGCUGGAUCAGCUGUCACCAAAAUUUGACAUCUCAAAAGAAAUCGUAAUUAAAUUGCACGGCCUUCUUCUCUUUCUCCAAAUUUACUUGUAAAAACCUAGCCAUCUAUUUCUGAGUAAAAUGAAUUCUGCGCGGAAAGUGCUACCUCUUGCUCGUAUUUGUGCCAGACAGCUUGCACAAGAUGCUAAACAUGGGGAAGUAAAAGAAGUUCCAUCGAAAUACUUCGCUAGAUUGAAAGAAGCCCAGAAAAGAUUUCAGGUGGACGAUGGUGUUCCAAUUUUCCUCAAAGCAGGUUUACGAGAUAGAGUCUUGUAUCGAGCAACCGCAGCACUUACAUUUGUCGGGAUGGCCAUGUCGGCUCAAGUACUUUAUAGUUUAGCUAUCCGCUAAUGUUUUUAGUUAUUUAAGAAAGUAGAAAAAGUGUAAUAUCAUACCUUUAAUAUAGUGAUGUAUAAUCAGUGAUAA